AUGUUCACCUUGACGGCCUUGCUGGGGGCUCAGAGCAACUCUCGAGCCUCGCAGUCGAUCCUGGAGCUUGACGGUGGCAUCAAGGUCCUUGUGGACGUCGGAUGGGACGAACGCUUUGAUACGCGUCAGUUAGCUGAGAUAGAGAAGCAUGCAUCGACCUUGUCCUUUAUCCUGCUCACUCAUGCGACCACGUCACACAUUGGUGCCUUUGCACACUGUUGCAAGCACAUUCCCGUCUUCGCUCAGAUCCCCGUCUACGCCACUCCGCCGGUGAUUGCUUUCGGUCGUACCCUUCUUCAAGACCUCUAUGCCUCCUCCCCGUUGGCGGCCACGUUCAUUCCGGGCGCGGGCUCUUCCGACGACCACUUCAGCAACGAUGACAAGUCUCGAUCGAGUAUCUUGCGGCCGGCUCCGACUUGGGACGAAAUCAACAAGUAUUUCACCCUCAUUACGCCGUUGAAAUAUUCACAACCCCAUCAACCGACGUCUUCUUCAUUUUCCGCGCCGGUCGAAGGACUUACGUUAACUGCGUACAAUUCGGGGCACACCCUCGGUGGAACAAUAUGGCACAUACAAUAUGGUAUGGAGUCCAUUGUCUACGCGGUGGACUGGAAUCAAGCUCGAGAGAACGUCAUUGCGGGAGCAGCCUGGUUCGGCGGAGUGGGCGGCGCCGAGGUGAUCGAGCAAUUGCGCAAGCCCACCGCUCUGGUGUGUAGCAGCGUCGGAGCAACCCGGGCGGCAUUAUCGGGGGGCCGGAAGGCUCGAGAUGAAGCUUUGCUGGGUCACAUCAUGAGCAGCGUCGCGAAAGGAGGGACCGUCCUCAUCCCCACCGACUCCAGCGCCAGAGUACUCGAAUUGGCUUGGAUCCUGGAAAAAGCAUGGUCGGACCCCGCGAAUUCUCCGUCGUUGAAGAGCGCCCAAGCAUACAUGGCCACCAAGUCCGGGAAUGCCACUUUGCGACAUGCUCGAAGUCUUCUCGAGUGGAUGGACGACGGCAUGGUGCGAGAGUUGGAGGGAGACGAUGAAAACCACCCUCCCACCACACAGACUCACAAGCGGAGUGGCAGCAGCGGCAAGAACAUCAAUGGGACCACUCCGCUUUCGCGACCCUUUGAAUUUCAAAAUAUUAAGAUGGUGGAGCGAAAGAGUCAACUGGAAAAAUUGCUGAAAUCCGAAGGGCCACGGGUCAUCCUCGCCAGUGAUGUGACGUUGGAGUGGGGCUUCUCGAGGUCGAUUUUGGCGCAUAUCGUCCAGAGACCCGAGAAUCUGGUCAUUUUCACGGAAAGGGUGGUCGAGCGCCCCGGCUCUCUCCAAAGUGCCAGUCAAGUUCUUUGGUCUUGGUGGGAAGCACGUCAAGAUGGGGUGGCCCUCGAGCGAGCCCCGACCGGCGAACCACUGGAGCAGGUCCACAGCGGAGGAAAAUUGUUGAAGCUGAAGAAUGCCGAGAAGGCCCCUCUCAGCACUCAGGAGAAUCAGCGGUAUCAACAAUUCAUGGCAACACAGAGGCAGAUUCAAGACUCACUGGCAUCAACCCAUCCCCGAGAUCCCGCUGGAGCAGAUGACCACAUGGAUGAUGAUGACGAUGAUGAAUCGAGCUCCUCUUCGUCAGAUGAGUCGGAUGACGAGCAGCCCGGCCGCGUAUUGAAUGUCUCCGCGGCCCUGGGUCAUGGGACGCGAAACAAGCUCGCGUUAAGUGAUGCCGACCUGGGUAUCAGUAUCCUCCUGCGCAAGAAAGGGGUGUACGACUACGACGUGCGCAAUAAGAAGGGAAGGAAUGCGGUAUUUCCGUAUACACAUUCAAGGAGGCGUGGGGAUGAAUUUGGCGAUUUCAUCAAACCCGAAGAUUUUCUUCGAGAGGAAGAAAAAGAGCAGCAAGACGGUCCCCUCCAUGACGACAAAGCCGGAGGAGGCGUUCUAGGCCAAAAGAGACGGUGGGAUGAAGCGAGCCACUCCCAGGAUGCACUCAACAAGCGAGCUCGAGCCGAUGCGGUUCGGAAAAGUCCCUCCGGUGACUGGGGGGAAGAGUCGGAGUCAGAACGCUCGGAUGUCGAGACCCAAGCGGAAUCGGAAGGUAUUCAAGGCCCCGCCAAAAUUGUAUUUGCGACCACGGAAAUCACCGUGAAUGCGCGAUUAGCAUUUGUUGACUUUGCGGGAUUACAUGAUCAGCGGAGUCUUCAAAUGCUGAUACCCCUGAUCGGUCCCAAAAAGCUCAUUCUGGUUGGGGGAACCCGUGAUGAAACGCAGACCUUGGCCUUGGAUUGCCAAGAACUGCUCGGGGUCAAGGUCGGCGGCGUGGAAGGGGAACCGUCGUCCGAAAUAUUCACACCGCGGGAAGGUCAAAUCGUCGAUGCGAGUGUCGACACCAAUGCGUGGAUGGUCAGGCUCAGCCGGGAUCUGGCCAAGACCUUGCAUUGGCAGAAUGUCAAAACCACCAUGGGAGUCGCGACCAUUCAAGGUCAACUGAGGGGAGAACGCGAUCCCAAAGCGGACUUCCAUGAUGACCCUCAGUCGAAGAAGCAGAAAUUGGACACCGAGGUGUCUGUGCGAACCAAUCCCGUCACCAAUCGUCCUCUGGAGCCUGUCUUGGAUGUUCUGCCCGCCAGCCUGGCCGCAUCCACCAGAUCGGUGACCCAAGCUAUUCACGUGGGUGAUUUGCGGCUGGCCGACUUACGAAGAAUGGUGACCAUGGACGGCCACGUGGCCGAGUUUCGAGGCGAAGGCACACUCCUCGUGGAUGGGAUGAUUGCGGUGAAGAAGCUCGGUACAGGCAAGAUCAUGGUGGAGGGCGUGCCAAUUCGAGCCAGCUCCAUGGUUCCCAACGCGGCGGAUAAUUUUACGAGAGUGAAGCAAAAAAUCUAUGACGGACUCGCUGUUAUUACCGCUAGCUGA